AUUUUUAGUGCGGCUAGUUAAGAGUCCCGCUGCAGGUAGCGCUGCUGUGGCCUGCGCUGCCCUCCUGCCGGCGAGUCAAAUUAUUAAUGACAGUGCGGUAAUAUUAUCACAUGUCUGCUUCAUCCUAAUGGCGCUUUAGGAGGCUUGAGAAAAUCCUUCUAGCAUUAGAUUAUUACUUUGGGUUACUGAAAACCUUUUUGCAAAAGAAGAAAAAAAAAUGAAAUAAGUGUUUUCUAGCUCCGCAUUGCAUCACAUAAACAUCUCUCAUUUAGGAGUACACUUGUGCUAUUAUUUUACAUGUUUCCUCCAAAUUCUGCCUCAAUUCUGCUAAUGGUUUAGCUCACAGUCGUCAGUAGAUACUAUAAUCGUGGGAAAAAUAAUGACAGUUAUCAGUCGCACCCACCAAGUACCCAUAAAAAAUCUGUCCUCUGUUCUGGAAGAUGAUAAUUAUCGGUUGUACCACCAUUAUCAUUGUCGUUGUUGAUGGAGGAAAAUCUUGAGGCAUUUUCCGAAAGUAAUUCCAGGAGAAAUCACUUCAAAUUGGCCUAUUUUAAGAGAGAGGGGGGACAACGGGACCAAGCCUUUGGUUAUAGCCUAAUAUUUCACAGAAAUCUUUAAAUCCCAAGCAUCCGCGGGCAUUCUGGCACAUUGUGGCGCGCACACACACACGCGCGCCUGUUGUGAUGUCAGCCGCCGGCAUUUUUUGAUAACACAUUCUGCAACUUACUCGUUCUGUUUGCAGUUCAAUUAUGCAAUUACGCUGAUAAUCGCAGUGAGGGAAUUUAACUGCCUUUAAUUUGUUAUUCAGGUGGAGAUGAUGGAGGGACCGCGGAUGGAGGAGCGGGGCUGCGCCUCUGCUCUGCGCAGACUGCGGCGGAGGAGCUGCGAUCUGCAGAUGAAUCCCGGGGAAAUGAAGACCUGCAGGAGACUUUGCUCCGCUUUCGUCCUGAGGAGGAUCUCUGACCUCGGGUGGCGCACAUCUGGUUGUUUUCUUCUUCUUUUUUUUUUUUUCCUCCGUCACGUGAUUUUUCUUUCUUUCUUUUUUUUUUUCUUUUACAAAGUAAGUGGACAUUCUUUGACUUUAGCAGCUGAUUAAUACCAGGGGCGUUGAUAGAAAUCAAAUCGAGGGGCAGACCCAGUUCUAUUUAUACAGUCUUUCUGGCUGAGAGAAACAAACCCAUUUUGCAGUGGCUCAGCCAGAGGUUUGACCUGAAUCUGACAGGGAAUCUGUGGAUGGAGUUAAAGAUUAGGGCGAUGGCAGGGAGGCCUUCCAACCUCCAGCGUGAACGUAAAGAGCUGGUCGGCAAUUACAACAAGGGUUUGAUUGCUACAGUCUGAAAAUGAAGAUUUUCUUUUUCGUUGAUUAUUUAGAAGGGAGUAAAUAAUUUGCAACGUGAGUUUUUAAGAAAAUAUAAAUAUGUUUUUUUAUUAUUAUUUCAGAUAAAUGUUUUUAUUAUAUUUUGCCAUUUUCUAUCUUGAAAACAAUUAUUGGUUGAAUGAGAAUAAAUUUAAAUGCAUAUCUGACGUGGGCAUGAAUACUUUUGAGCUGCAUAUAAGUUUGAUGUGGAUCUGAAAUUUAUUUACAUCAGAUCUUGUAACCUAGGAAACUUUACGUCCACUAUGCUUUUCCUUCCAAGCAACUAGGCCUCCCAUGUUUUGAAAUAAAUCUUUAAGCAAUUUUUUUUCCUUCUUCUUCUUUUUUUUUUUUAAUGUUCUGUUUUUUGCCUUUGUUGUUAAAAUUUAAUGGAAGAAACAAGAUAGAAGAUUUAACAUCACACCUGUGACCAUCACUAAGAUCGCACGACUGCCAAACAUUAAAUUAUGUAAAUAUGCUGCUCCGUUUAUUUUUUUUUUUAAUGUAAUGGUUAAAACGAGACAAACAGAAAGUGAUAGACGUUAACUUGAAAAUGAGACUCUUAGAAAACAUUUGCAUGCAUCAAAAAACGAACCUAGAUCACAUAAAGUAUGCAGAGAAAAAAAAAACGACUGCUUUAAAAUAUUGGAUGAGUUUAACUGCGUGAUUAGCAGAUUAUUUCAAACUGUUGUGAUAUUUUACAAACGUUUUAGGUGUCAUGCACCAUCACUAGGCCCAUACCUGAGCCUGUAAAUCCUCGUCCUUCUGCUGCAGGUGUAACUGACACCUCAGGUUGCUCUCCGUGUUAAAUACAUGACUAAUUACAGACCUACUUAUGAAAAUUGAACGCCAGUGUUAUGCUAAUAUACGCCGUCGUCCUGAUGGCACAUUAGGAGCUUUAAUCAAAAAGUGCUUUAAUCAGACUGGCCAGCAGACAAAGCAGCUGUGACUGGGAGGAAAAUGUUGUUUAACUCCACCUUUAAUACUUGUAUUACUAUCAUAAAAUAGGUUCUCUGUUUGUAAAAAAGAAAAUCACAUCUUUACAUAUAUAUUUAAAAAAAAAAAAAGAUCUAAGGUUUUGUGGUUUUUCCUUGACUUUCUCAGGUUCUUCGGACCCCCAGCCCCACGCUCACCAAUCGGCUUCUCGCUCGCACAGAGUGGACCAAUCAGCGACAGCCUUUGAUGAAUAUUCAUGAGUCCGAGAUUCAAACCUUUGAGCGAGUUUGUCUCGGUCCACAGCAUCACUCCCAGGACUUUUUCACAGGCGCAAACUGCAUUUUCUUAUGAAUGGAAGGAGAAAAAAUCAGGCCGGCUUAAAUUGGGACCCGUCCUUUCGCUGAGAUCACAGAAGGAGGAAAACAACAAAAGCGCGGAGGAGACAGGAGGGAACCGCCAGAAGAGAUGACAAUGACCACGAUUCCAGAAGGUCUUAAUAGCCCUGCAUCAGGAAAAGCCGUUUUCAUGGAGUUUGGACCCCCGAGUCAACAAAUGUCUCCUUCCUCCAUGUCUCACGGACACUACCCCAUGCACUGUUUACAUUCUGCAGGUCACACGCAGCACGACAGCUACAGCCCAGCCUCGUCGUUCCCCAGAUCUCUGGGUUAUCCGUACGUAAACUCCGUCGGCAGCCAUCCCACAAGUCCAUACCUGAGUACAGUACAGACUUACCAGAACAGCUCGGGGCUCACACAGACGCGACUGGAGGACCCAGCGGCACCAGAAGCGGAGAAGAACACAGUAGUGGAAGGCGGGGAGGUGCGAUUUAACGGCAAGGGGAAAAAGAUUAGAAAACCAAGGACUAUAUACUCCAGUUUACAGCUCCAAGCGCUCAACAGGAGAUUUCAGCAAACGCAAUACUUGGCAUUGCCGGAGAGGGCUGAGCUGGCAGCGUCGCUGGGUCUCACUCAGACACAGGUCAAAAUUUGGUUUCAGAAUAAACGCUCCAAAUUCAAGAAGCUAAUGAAGCAAGGCGGCAGCACAAUCGACACCAACGUUUUAGCCACCGGUCGUGGACUUUCCACCGGCUCGCCCACCGUGGCACCGGUAUGGACGUCGCCGACCACCGUGAAGACGUCGGUGGGCACGACCGGCUCUUACAUCCCCAGCUACACCUCGUGGUACCCGACCACACACCAAGAGUCUAUGCAACAGUCGCAGCUCAUGUGAGCCGAUGCUCCGGCGUCAAGGACGGUGACGGACCCCGCAGCCGCCCGAGCUCGGCCUCGGCAUUGCUGAUGCUCCACGAUAAAAUAAUAAUAAUUAAAAAAAAAAAAAAAGAAGAAAAAAAAAGCAGCUGCCGCAUCCCGCGAGCUGACACGGAGACCUCCUCGUGCCAGCUAGCAGAGAAGAGAAGAGGGGGGGUGGGAAGCUGAGAGAGCGAAAAGGCGCACAAUGCACCCACGCGGGGCAGCAAGCCCGUGGCAGCGGGUAUCAAAACGACAAAAAAAAAAAAAAA